GGCGCUGAACCCCGCCCCCCACGCGGGCGGAGGCGACGGCGACCCUAGCCGAGCCGUGUACGGAGCGGUGCGGGACAGGCUCGUGUGCGGGGCGGUGGUCGCAUGGCGCUCUGCCGCUGGUCGCUGGCGCCCAAGGAACCGGGCAGCGCCUUGGAGUGACCCCUGGGCGCUGCGGCGGCGGCUCGGGACCCUCCCCACGAGAGACUGGAACGGGGCAACAGGGGCAAGAUGAUUGAAACACUUGUAACUACGGAAGCGCAGGAACUGCUGUACCAGCUCACAGCCCUGUUGGAGCAGGAGUUAAGAUGUCAGCCAAAGACCUCUGGCCUGAGACUAAUUGAAUCUGCUCAUGAUAAUGGCCUCCGAAUGACUGCAAGGCUGCGAGACUUUGAAGUGAAAGAUCUCCUCAGCUUAACUCAAUUCUUUGGCUUCAAUACAGAGACGUUUUCUCUAGCUGUGAAUUUCUUAGAUAGAUUCUUGUCAAAAAUGAAGGUACAGCCUAAACAUUUGGGCUGUGUUGGACUCAGCUGCUUCUACUUGGCUGUGAAGGCAUCAGAAGAAGAGAGAAAUGUUCCUUUAGCCACAGACUUAAUUCGAAUAAGCCAGUAUAGGUUCACCAUUUCUGAUAUGAUGAGAAUGGAGAAUAUUGUGUUGGAGAAACUGUCUUGGAAAGUCAAAGCUACGACAGCCUUCCAAUUUCUACAAUUAUAUCAUUCACUCAUUCAUGAGAAUUUAAGCUGUGAAAGGAGAAAAUACCUUAAUUUUGAGAGACUUGAGACCCAGCUUAAGGCAUGUCAUUGCAGAAUCAUGUUUUCUAAAGCCAAGCCUUCUGUCUUGGCACUGUCUAUUCUGGCACUAGAAAUAGAAGAACAAAAACUAAUGGAGUUGACGGAGGCAUUGGAAUUUCUGCAAUUGCAUUCCAAGAUAAACAACAGAGAUUUGACCUUCUGGAAGGAACUGGUGUUGAAGUGCCUUACAGAAUAUUCCUCGAGCAAGUGUUCCAAACCAAAUGUCCAGAAAUUAAAAUGGAUUGUGUCUGGACGUACAGCACGGCAGCUUAAACAUAGCUACUACAGAAUAACGCACCUUCCUACAAUACCAGAGACCAGCUCGUAAUAGGAGUACAGUAAAAUGAGGAGAGAACCAUCCUGUGACCUUGCCAACAGACACAAGAAUAUUUGAGAAACAAAGCCAGAAGCAUGAUAUUAAUAAUGAAGAACUCAACUCAUGGAAAGAAUUAUGUAACAUUUCAGACUAAAGACACUUCCAGCAAAUAUGUUCUUUUCAUGAUGAUUACAACAGUAGUCAGUGUCAGUUUUCAGUCUUAUCUGUUUACUGUUCAGUGAAAUAUCACAAUACCGAUACAAGGAAUUUUAACACCUCAUAGUUUAUAGAGAAGCUUGUGUAGUCUUAAUCAUGGUUUACUAUAACUGCAGGUGCUGAAUUAUAUAUUUAUUUUUAAAAAUCUGUUUCACUUUCCAAAGAUUACGUGACAUUAGGAAAACAUCAUGUGCAGUAGCACAGUGCUGCAGUGUCUCAAUCAAAGGAGACCAAUCCCGCUCAAUAUCGAUGACAAUAGCAGACGCCUGUCAGUCCACCUGACGUGCUGUUUGGGCAGUGUCCUGUGUCCACACAUUCCUGCUGGGCAGGGCACUGGCCACCUACCAUAGACAGUCAGUAAAAACUAGGCUAUGUGAUAUCCACUGAACCUGCCAAGUAGCUAGAGCAGGAGAAAAGAAAAACCUUACUUCAUUGCCCUGUAAGAGGUAGUCACUAAUACAGCAUCAAAAAGUUCAGUCUUUUGUAAGAGGUGUAGUUUUACAGAGAUUAUGAAUUAUUUCAUGGAGUAUAAAAACUUGAUGACACCUAGUGAAGGCUGAGAGAAAGUACUGGGUCACCUGCCCCAAAUCUGACAUCAGUUUUCCAAAGUUUUACUGUACAACAGGUAAAUGCUGAUGCUGAACUGGUGCAUUUUUAAGGGCGCAGUAGGAGCAAGGCUAAUACCCCAUCUUGGGCUGUCUGUAGGAGCAAUCUAGUUAAGAAACACUGAAGAUUGUUUCAACUCUGAUCUCUUGAACCAUAUGCUUUGUAAAAUACAACUGUUAUUUCUGAAGACCAGAUCAGUACUUGAGGCAUACCAUGCUUCUGGUGUUAACAAGGGAGUGGAUAAUAAGAAUGUAUUGUAUUUAAGGUGAAUAGAGGUGGUGGAAGAAUGUUGCUAACAACCUUUUGAAUUCUGCGUCGCUGUAGAGCAAAGGCUGUUGGCUGUAAGUAACCAAUUGCCGUAUGAGCCAACUUAGUGGAGGAGAGAUGUUCUGAAUACAGUGUGGGCUUAGAUGUUAGCCAACCAACCCUGUCCCCUUUAUGGUGAUAGCUGAUGGGGAAGCCAUCUUUGUGUAUCUCACACUAGUUAAACCUUUCACAGAAGACAUCAUACCAAAGCUCUAUACUGGACAAAUUAAGCCUUCUCAUAAAUUCAUGGGAGUGAUUGCACCAUGUAACAUGUAAUUGGGUUUUGCAUCUGCCAGUGCUAUCUGCAUUGUGCUAGCCUCUGAAAAGCACAGAGGUUCAGACAAAGGUGUGGUCAGCCUGCUGGGAGAGGUGGAGAAGAUGCAACAUGCAAUUCCAAUCGUCAUGUCUCAAUAUUAAGAUAUGUACCUUUCAAUUAAACACUGAAAUGUGCUUAACUGAGGAA